AUGUCCUCUCGUCUUGGCAAGCAGAAUGCGAUUGAGUUGUCUAGUUUCCGGUCUGCCUUUUUGGCGGAUGACAGUUUGGUGACAAUCAUUCCCGACUUUGACUAUUCUCAUGACAUUCCUCUCAUGUCAGGGUCCGCCAAGGUGGGCCCUUUUCGGGCAGGUAUUCCUACAGAGGUUCCUCUCUGGUUCGCCCUGAUGCUCCAACAACGAUCCCUCUGUUCCCUCAAAGUCUUGGACUGGCUGGCCACGGAAAACUUGACAAAUGUCAAGCAGCACGAAACCACACAGACCACUCUGGCGCCUACUACCAGCACUACCAAUACUACUACCAAUGACAAUGACGGCGCUACUUUACCCUUUUACUAUGCCGAAUUGGGGCAACGCUUUGUAUCCGCAAAAUCACAUUCACAAGCCGCACAAGCUCCCAAGGCCUCUCGUCUCUUGUUGCAAGAUAUCGCUCAAGUCCGUCUCGACAAGUUGCGACAACAAUUCCAACAACUCACUCGGCAGCAAAUGGCCAAUCCCAACAUUUGUGUGGCGGUUCCUGGAAUUGCCAGUGCCGAAUUGGCCACCCUCAAGCCACUCAUUACACAGGCACUCAAUGAUCAACGAUUCUUGGCGACAUCUGCUGCUUCUGAUGCUGCCGCAAUCAAGAAGAAACAACCCGUGGAGGACAGUAUAGAAUCACAGAGUCAAGAAGAACCCGUGCCUGGAAGCAACAACAACAAUACCUUGCGCAGCCGUAUUCGUCGUUUGAGACGAUAG